CGGACAUACAAACUCUCGCCUUCGGCUCGAGUUUCGAUCUUUCGGAGUUUCGGUGUAUCGGAUACAACACGGCCGCUCAUGUUGUAUAUAAAUAGUACGUACGUAUAAAGCAAGACAAUUAUUUUGGAAAACAAGACAGGUUGUUCAUAUAAAUAUUUCUGGUUGGUUGAGUCCACUGUCUCAUUUUCAAAGUAUUAUGUCACGCUUGUUUCGCUUCUUGUCAGAAAGACCGGUUUUCUAUCCCAAGUAGUAGAUUAAGGAAAAAGCUAAAUUGACGGAUUGAUAUCACUAGUUUUACUAAGGUAAGCGAUUUUGUAUCAUAAAUCAUAAUUGUUUAAUUAAAAGCCGAUCGUUGCGUAUAAUACACACUCUCAUUAUUUUACCAAUUACACAUGAAUUUAGUCACAAUUAGAUUACAGUAUCUGAAUAAGCUUAUUUUUAAUGCGUUAAUUUGGCAUUCUUGUUUUCUUACUUAUUUAAUCGCAGUAUGCAUAGAUGGCUGUAAAACAAGUAACAAUUUAGAGUUGAGAAUUAUUUUACUUUCGCUAAUCAUUGCACGUGUUCCCGCUUUAUGAAGUUAGUAUAUAUAUAUAUAUGCUAGGCUGGAUAAGUUGGAAAUAGGAAUAAACUAAAGUUUCCCGCGUAGAAGCCAGGCCACCCUAGUUUGUAUAUACCAGCGCUGGUCUUUAUUGGAAGGCUAAAAAGACAACCAUGCAUUGACUGUAUAGUGUAUACUUGUAGUUAGCCACAUAUAGGCUAGCUAUAUAAUUCGUAAAUUUUGUUGUGAAUUUUGUCAAAUUUAUGUUUACAGGUAUAUUUUAAAAUGAGGUUGACUCUUUUUGUUGUCGUCAUGGUUGCCUGUUUCUCUUGGUCUCUUGCAGGUAAACUAGCUCACAGAUAUGUCGCGUUUUGAUUUUUUUUACAAAAAUAAUAUAUAAGCGACAAAUUUCUGUCAAUUUGGAUUCGGAUUUUGUGAAAUUAGCGGUUGUAGUAUUCAUCCUUUUUUACCUAAUUGUAAAAUUAAUCAUAGUAAAAUAACUAUUUUUAACCUAGAUUCUCUGUAAAGUUUUGUUCUACUGUUCAACAGAACUUGUUCAAUAGAACAGUUUUAGAAAGGCUGGUUCAGUUUACAAUAUCAAGGUUUCAGUAGGAAUUUUGCAUAGGCAUUCUAAGUUUUGAAGGAUUUGUAAGAAAUGUUUGAGGGGACUGAAGCACUGUUUAACACUGAACCGGUUCCCUAAAACAUUUCUUACAAAUCCUUCAAAACUUAGAAUUGAACUAUAUGCAAAAUUUCUAUACUGUGAUCACAGAAAUUUUGAUAGUGUCAACUAGUCUUAUCCAAGAACCCUAAUCGUAAAAUCUAUGGUGCCAAAGUUUCACAAGUCUUUCCUAUUGUGGUCGCCAAUAGCCAAUUACUACUCUGGUUUUUUGUUCACAGGCAAAAAAUGCGAAGACAAAGAGAAAGAUAAAUGCAAGGACAUGACUCCAGCUAAAUGCGCCAAAAAAAAGCCAGAAGAAUGCCAAAGAAGUUGUCGCAUGUGUGUUGAAGGUAGGAUGGAUAAAUAGAUAACUGAUAACAUACCGUAAACCUCCGAACAUAAGCCACCCCCCCCCCCCAGCCGAAUAUAAGCCCCCCCCCAUGUAUAUAAGCCCAUGCCAUGGGUUUAUUAUUGGACAGGUAUUUAUUAACGCAGCGACUGGGAUUCCAACAGCUCAGACGAGUGAUGAUAAAUAUUGAUAGAAGGUUCCAUUUCGCUGACCCAGAACUUUCUAUUGCAUAAUGGAAAGUUUCAUUGUAUAGUGGUAGUGGUUUUAUAUAUUUAUAUUAUAAUUAACUUAAUAUUCAAUAACAGUGACUUAGUUUGGUGUUAAAACGAAUAAUGAAUAUUUUCAUUCGUGCAGUGGUACUGUAAGAAAAUAUUUUCAAUUCACCCAGUUUUACUUGGUUCAAUGGAACAAUUCCAUCUUUCAUCUCAUAAAAUGUACAAUAUAUAAUUUCUAUAAAUAUACUUUUCUUUCGUAAGUGUACAAGUAGUUAGUAAAGCCCAGGGCAAACUAGGAAACAUUGUUGCGGAAACAUUGUUUCCUACCAAUGUUUCGCCAUGUUUCUAAGGGUGGGCAAACACUAGGAAACAUUAGUGAGAAACACAGGGAAACAUCAAAUGUUUCUAAAUUUGCUAGAAAACAUUUUGCUUCCUGGAAAGCAAAUUUUGUUUCCGCAACAAUGUUUCCACGGGUGGGCAAACAGGGAGACAUUUGAGGAAACACUGAGAAUCACAAAUGUUUCCACAACAAUGUUUCCUAGUUUGCCCUGGGCUUAAAUGGUGAGUUUAAGCAAGCGACUUUUUUUUAACACGGACGUCACGUGCCCAAAAAUUGGUAUAACUAAUUUUGGCCGCAUCAUGCAUAUAGCGCUGGUAUAAGAAAGCAAAAAUCUUAGAAAUCUUAUGUUUUGUCAUAUGUGUUGAAGAUUACCACAAACUCAUACAAACACAGUUUUUAAUCCAGCCCCCCCCCCCUCGGUAAUCUGACGUCCUUGUUGACCAAAACGUCGCUCGCUUAAGCUCCCUAAUAGGUCUUAAUAUACUCUCAGAGAGUGUUUAUACUGAUGAUCUUGGAAACAUGUGACUCUCUUAUCGCAAGUAAUGGUGAUCUUUAUUGACUGAUCGUUGAGUGAUUUUUUCAGGCGAUAAAAAGUUCGACACUACUCCACAAUGCUGGAAUGGAGUUCAAACUUCUGGAUGUGGUCAAUGGGCUACACGGUGCCCCUCUUUAUGUAAAGGUAUGAUUGUCUAGUGUAAAAAGAACACGAUUUCAUAAGGUAAAAUCAGCCACAGUUCAUUAUAUAGUACUUGAUGUAUUGUUAAGGUGUUAAUUUACUGAUUAAUUGGCUUUAGGCUAUAAUCCUUAUGCUCGAUAUGGAACGAAUCAACAAGGAACAUAUGGACAAGGCUAUGGACAACAACGGCAAGGCUAUGGACAACAACAACAACAACAAGGCUAUGGUCAACAACAAGGCUAUGGACAACAGCAAGGCUAUGGACAACAACAAGGAGCAUAUGGACGACAACAGGGAGCAUAUGGUCAGCAACAAGGAGCAUAUGGACAACAACCAGGAGCAUAUGGACAGCAACAAGGAGCAUAUGGACAACGAGCAGGAGCAUAUGAUCAACAACAAUUUGGUGGUGCCGCAGUGGCAGACGCUGGUGCAAGUACCCAAAAACCUGCAGGUGCUCUGUUCCGCAAACACAAUUUAGAGAAAACGAAAAAAGAACAUCACAAGAAGUCCAAUCACCACCACCAUCAUCGUCAUCAUGAUGACGAGUAAACUGGACAUCGUUGCUGACAUGAAGUAAAAUGGACAGGCUGUGGUUACUGAGCCUUUUUCAUCUGCGAUCGUGGCAGUUUGCUUCGCAUGAUAAUUAUACUUAUUCAGUGGUUUACGACAACUUAUAAUAUUUCUAAACAAUUGAUUUGCAAGUGUAUAUUAUAUUCAAUGUGUAUAUUAUAUUUAGUAUACAUAUUAUAAUAUACAGUGUAUAUUAUAUUCUUCCAAUCAUUGUAUAUUAUAUAUUAUAUUUAAUGUUUUUGAUGAGUGUGAAUUGUAUGUUCAUAUGAAAUAUAUAUUAAUUCAUUAAAUAUGGAAUCC